AUUCAAUCGCCACGCCACCGCUGCCCUGUUUAGUGCUUCUAUUUGGCGGUUAUUAACGGAACGGAAGCGCAGAAAAGUGAGAGAAGAGCGGCCAUGGCGACGCGAAGGGGUGAUAGCUUCGAAGGGAUCAGAUUUAAGAGAGAGAUAGAGGUGUAUAUAGAGAGAGAGCAAUGGGAAGAAGGGGAAGGGGGAAGCUGCUCAUUCUCCCGCAGCAUUAGGUCUUCUGAUCCAUUUACUUAUUUCCAUGGAUUACUUGACAUAAGUUAAUUGCAUGCUGCAAACAAAGCAAACUUAUAAGCUUAUCAAAGACUUGCUUCCAUUAUGAGCAAUGUGACUCUUGAGGACUUUUUCACUCUUACUGAACUGAUACAUGGCCUGAAAAAUCCAUCCAGAGCUGAGGAGCUCAUAUCUGUGAUCCAAAAGCAGAACUAUUCUACGAGUGAUGCCGAAGAAAUUGCGCGACAACGUUUAAUCGUCGCAGCCAUCAUAGCUUCCACGGAAAGUGCGGACUGCCUUAAUCAACUUAUUCAGUUCGACAUGCUGCACUUUCUCAAUCAAUGGCUGCACGAAGCUGCAAAAUCCGGCCAGGACUCGGCUACUAACGUAGAACUGAUAAAGGCCUCUUUUCUAUCACUAGAGAAACUCCCUCUAUGUAAAGAAAAGUUGAUAUCUUCUGGUAUUUUAGCAACUGUCAGAGACCUACUUGAUCAUAAACUUAUUCAGAUCAAAGAAAGAGCUCAAGGUUUUCUUGAGAGGUGGACUGAUAAAAGUUUUGAAAGUUCUCCAAGCCAAACUGCAGUGGCAGAAGAGAGCUGCAGAGUAGAAGAGUUAGGCACGGCAGAACCUUCUCAAAAAGUUGGAGUUGAAAGUGAAGUAGUUGAUUACAGUGACAAGAGCUCUGAAAGACCAGAGAAGGUUAAACAUGAGUUCGAUCUGAAUAUCGAUGCCGUUUCGAACGAUCUCGAUUGUGAGCCAAGUCUCCUCCCAUCCAAUCCACUUAAUCUGUCUGUGCAUACAGCAGUUUCUGCAUCAAAUGGAGAUUCUGGAAUUCAAACUAUUCUAAGUUGGACAAGUACUGCUGCUAAAAGUGCUAAUGCUCUGCCAGAUUCAGAACAGAAAGGAAAUUUUGCACAAACAGAUUUGAAUAUGGAAGUAAAUCCUCCGUCUAUGGACACACACAUAGAACUCGGUUUAGAAAGAGCAGAAACAAUACAUUUUGAUCUCACACGUGUUGAAGAGAAGGAAGCAGCUCUAGGCUUACUGAAACUAGCGUCUUCAACACAUCCUUCGAUCAUAAACCACGACUUCAAUGAAGAACCUCCGGCAUUCGAUUCUGACCCAGCUUUGAUUAUUGAUCGAAAAUAUGAAAUAUUAACACGGGUUUUGAAAAUGAGGAAGGUAUAAAGCACUACUUCAAGUUCAAAUUGGGUUUUGGAUUGAUGCAUGUGGAAACUGGCAGCAGUGAACAAGAAAGUCCGGUGCGCGCAUUCAUGACGGAAAGUAGAAGUCUUUUGGAAGAAGAGAGGACGAGAUAGAAGAGGAAAUGGCCAGAUUCUGGUUACAGUCCGCUGAGGCUGAAAUUAUAAAAAACUGUCCUCCCAUUUUUCUAAAAUUUAGAUUUUUUACCCUUUUUUUACAUGAUUUAUAGUUUUAAAGAAUAAGGCUUAUCAUAGAGAGCCCUUCUGGCCUCCGCUGAAGAAAGAUUAAAUAAUAAUUGAUUUGUUUGCAAAUAAUUU